AUGUGGAAAAUACCAAGGAGGUUUUCACUCACUGGUAGAUUGUGUUGCUUUCCCAAAGAUCCACUGGAGGAUGUUGAGACUUGGAGUGAGUCUGUGGACAAAGUCCUCAGUUGUAAAGCUGGACAGAUAGCUUUCCGGGAAUUCCUGAAGUCCGAGUACAGUGAGGAGAACAUACUGUUUUGGCUCGCCUGUGAGGAGUACAAAAAAAUCAAGACGGUCCCAGAGAUGAUCUCCUCUGCGAACAGGAUCUACUCAGAGUUUGUCCAAACAGAAGCGCCCAAACAGAUCAACAUAGAUUGCGGUACUAGAGAAAACAUAACAAAGAACAUCUCCCAGCCGACCCUGACUUCAUUUGAUACAGCGCAGAAGCUCAUCUACAGUCUGAUGGCCAGGGAUUGCUACCCGCGGUUCCUAAAAUCUGACGUGUAUCAGGGACUCCUGAGGAGAACACAUUCAAGGUGA